UUAUAAAUAAUUUAUUUUUAAUAGCGAAACAUAAUUUGACUAGGAUUCUUAGUUAAUUUCUUCUUCGCUUGUGCCCCAAGUUUUCCCUUCAGUAUAAUUAGAGACAGAAGUUAGGGUUUUCCAAACGGAGAGCGAAACUCCAUCAAACAAAAAAAGAUGGAGGAACCGAGCAUCUGUGAGUUGCCAGAUGAUUUGAUCUUGAAGAUAUUCUCGCUGCUUCCGCUUUAUAGAGAGAGCACUGCAACACAUCUCUUAAGAAAAUUACGAAUGGAGGGUCCAUGGAAACUAGUGCCGGAUGUCAUGUUUGAUGAUGAUGAUGAAUCAUAUGCGAGUUUUGUGACAUUUAUGAAUUUUGUUUACGGAUCGUUGUUGUUUAACAAUGAUCAAAUUCUAGAGAGGUUGCAUCUCAUACUUAACCAGGACUAUUCAGCUUCAGACAUCAAUAUUUGGGUUAAACUUGCGGUUAAGCGGUCUGUGAGAAAGCUGAGGAUCCAGACGUUUGGAAAACCCCUAGAACUGCCGAGUUGCUUGAGUACUUGCGUAACCCUAAAGUCAUUGGUACUCCAUGAAGUUAGGAUCAAGGUUGUUCCUUCUUGCCUUCGUUUGUCUCUCAAAAGUCUGCACCUUUUCUCGGUCCAGUUCUCAGGUGACGUGUCUCUUGCAAGUCUUUUGCAAUCGUGUCCGCAUCUUGAAUAUUUGGUUGUAUGGGAUGUGGUGGUAGAUACUUUUCCUCCUUGUUUUCUUUUUUCCUCUCUCAAAAGUUUGCACCUUCUUUCGACUUAUUUCUCGGAGGAGGACGGAUCUGUUGCAAGUCUCUUAAGAAUCUGUCCUGUUCUUGAAGAUUUGGUUGUGAAGCGAACCUGCCGAAUAUUCAAUAAUUAUGUGCCUCACAUUUGCAGAACACUAAAAACAUUGAUACUCCGUGACCUAAUCAUCGGUUCUGUUCCACCUUUGUUUUGCUUGCCAUCACUCAAAACUAUGCACCUUUUAUCUGUUACGUUCUCGGGUGGCGAAUCAGUUGCAACUCUUUUACAGAUAUGCCCUCUUCUUGAAGAUUUGGUUGUGAAACAAACAGAAGUAUCCGACAGUGAGGAUACUACUAAGGAGUGUACUCUGAGUUGCAGAACACUACAAACGUUGACGCUCAGUGAACUAAGUAUCAAGAUGUAUCUGCCUUGGUUUCGCUUUCCACUGCUCAAAACUCUGCACCUUUUGUCGGUCAAGUUCCCGAAUUACGAAUCCCUUGCACUUUUCUUACCAAUCUGCCCGCUUCUUGAAUAUUUGCUUGUAGACCAGACCAAAGACGACAGUCUGAUCUUCGAAAAUGUUCAACCUUGGUUUUAUUUGCCAUCACUAAAGAGUCUGCACCUUAUAUCGGCUAAAUUUUGGGGGGACGAAUCAUUUGAAGACCUUAUACGAAGGUGCCCGGUUCUUGAAAAUUUGGUUAUAAACAAAACCAUAGAUGACAAUGUGAUGAUAUUCGACAUCGAUGCACCUUCUUUGAAGAGCUUAUCUAUCGAUAACUCGAAAGGGAAACGUGCCUGCGUUAAGAAGGAUCGUGGGUUUGUGAUAAAUGCUCCUUCUUUGGAGAAAAUAAACUUUAAAGAUACAUUCAGUAACUUUCUGGAGUUUGAACAUAUGACAAAGGUGACCGAGGCUAAUGUCCAGGUUAUUUGUAGCCAGUCUGAAAAGUUCAUAGGAUCUUUUACCUCAAUCCGUCAUCUAUCUCUAUGUUCUCUCUCUUCAGAGACUCCUCCAUAUCCUAGGGGCACUACCUUCCCUUAUCUUGAACAUCUAGAGCUAUGUACAUGUUCUGCUGGAUGGGCCAAUCUACUUGUUUGUAUACUCAACGACUCUACAAGACUCAAACAUCUCAAGCUUAAGUCGCAACAUCGUGCCCAUUACAAUGAUCCGAUGAUUCACUGGAACAAACCUAGAACUGUUCCGGAAUGUUUAUCAACGCAUCUAGAGAUCAUGGAGUGGAGACAAUAUGAAGGCACAGAGCAAGAGAGGAAUGUGGCUGACUACAUGCUAGCAAACGCUACUAGUCUAAAGAUGGUGACAUUCUCAACAAGAUGUAGAAACAAACAUCACCGCAUGCUCAAAAAGUUGAAGAAACUGCACAGAGUUUCACAGACAUGUCAGUUAUUGUUUGACUGAACUCUUUUAUGUGAUCUAGUAUGUGUCUCAAGAAGGCACAUGAGGUUCUUAGGGUUCUUCUUACUUGUCUCUGACUUUAUUUUUGGUGUUUCUGGGUUUUUUCUUUUCCGAAUCUCCAGAUCUUUAUAUUGUGGAAAACAGAGCAUUUUCUGCUUACAUGUUAAUCUACAUAUAAGAUACCCUCUCUGCAUUUCAAGAAAAUGACUCGUCUCUUUAUGAAAUGUCAUGAUUUGGGUGGGGGAUAAGUCUAUUUUUU